GGCAAAGCCCUAAUCGAUUCCAAUCCUAGCUCGCGGCGGCGCUGUGAUCCAUUCCAGGGGCGAUUUUUUCUCUGCUCUCUCGAUCGAUCGGAGGCGAGAUGGCGGCAGCGAGCAUUGGCAUGAUGGAUGGCGCCUAUUUCGUGGGGCGGAACGAGAUCCUGGGAUGGGUGAAUUCGAUUCUGCAGCUCAAUCUCAGCAAAGUGGAAGAGGCUUCGUCAGGUGCUGUGUAUUGCCAGCUGAUAGAUGCCACGCACCCUGGAGUUGUAGCGAUGCAUAAGGUGAAUUUUGAUGCGAAGAACGAGUAUGAGAUGAUACAGAACUACAAAGUUCUCCAAGAGGUUUUCAACAAGCUCAAGAUAAGCAAGCAUAUCGAGGUGGCAAAGUUGAUGAAGGGACGACCGCUGGACAAUUUGGAGUUUAUGCAAUGGCUGAAACGUUACUGCGAUUCUGUCCAUGGAAGACCAAGCUAUAACGCCGCGGAGAGACGAGAGAUGGCGAAGGGAGGGAAGGAAGCGAAUCGAAAAACUCUUUCUUCCAGUUCAUCUAAUCUAGCUACCUCGAAAUCAUCUAAUAACCUCGCGAGAACACCGUCUAGUGCAAUCCGAAAACUGGAGAGUCUCCAAAACUCCGCAACGAAGCCUUACAGGCAAGCAUCUGCGCAGGCAACAACACCGGCACCAACGCCACCGCCAUUAACAGCUCAAGUCCAUGCGUUCCACGAACAAAUAACGGAGCUCAAGCUUACAAUGGAGACGCUCGAAAAGGAGAGGGACUUCUACUUCUCAAAGCUUCGCGAUAUUGAGAUACUGUCUCAAACUCCAAGCCUUGCAAAAAGCCCGGUGGUGAUGGCUGUCCAAAAGGUUCUCUACUCGGAAGACGAUGGUCCCUCGGUGAUCGCUCAGGCUCAAGCCAUGAUCCCGCAGCAGCAGUCGACAGCUCCGGCUGGACCACUGCAAACUCCUAGAAGCGAGAGCGUCGACAAUCAGUCGUCGGCGCCAGCGUCCGAGGCAGGAGGUCCGGAUGAAGACGAUUACGACGCCGAGAGGAGACACGCUUCGAUCGAGUCAGCUUUGCAACUCGACGAUGCAUCAAAAACUCCUCAAACAAGACAGGAAGAGCGGCGGAGUUCAAUAUUCGAUCUUGACGACUCGAUCUAUCAGCUGGAAGACUCGUCGUCGUCGCUGCUAUCUCCCCAGAGGCCACAACUCUCGUGCUCCACCGAGUUCUUGCAGAUGGGAUCGCCAGUAAGCGUCUGGUAGCACGAGAAAAAACGAGGAAAAAUUCAUUUUCUUGCUAGGAGUUUUUAGAACUCUUCUGAAAUAAGGAAGUCUGUACUUUGCAGACUUCUCUGGCCAGGCGGAAAAAUCAAUAAAGCAGAGCUUUGCUAAAAA